AUGUCAGGCUCUUCGGAGCAGUGCCCGUAUCGGGUGCUCGGAGUGGCCUCCGACUCGACGCCACGAGAUAUCAAAGCAGCAUAUCGAGCAAGCAGAGCAUUGCAGACUCAUCCGGAUCGAGCGGAGCCGCACAGAAGGGCGUCCAGCGAAGAGGAUUUCAAGGUCUUACUUCGAGCCUACGAACUUCUCUCAGACCCAAUCCGCAGAGCUCAAUACGAUCAUAAUUGCACAGCGCACCUUUGUCCUGCACAAGCACCUAGGCCUCAAUCAGCAGCUCCUCAGGUACAGCCGCAGCAGCAACAGGGCAGACGACAUCAAAAAGCGGCCUCAACCUCUGCGAGCUCAAAUUAUGCGCCCUUUCCCGGCAUUCCCCGCGCUUUCCCUCACAGCCCUCCAGCUCCGCCACCCAUGUCAGGCUUUCAGACUUUUGCGUGGUCGAACCAGAUGCCAGCCUGGGCACCUCCCCCCAGCGAGCCGCCGCCGCCCCAUUUUCUGAGCCGAAUGGACGCCUACACAAAGCCUCCUCCUGCGCCUGCCUUUCAAGGACGGCGCUCUGGUCAUCAGCCAUACGACGAGGCAACGACGUUGGCCCAGCCCUUUCCGCCGCUCCUCGAGAGCGCGUUCGAGCCGGAACAUUUCGACGAGCCGUUUCUCAGCGGGAAAGAAUCGAGGCAGGAUGACUGGGUCCACGCAUCCAGAUUUGCAAGGUGCGCCUCUUCAUUCAGCGCGCCCCACGCUGCACCGCACGAGUCGGGCGCAGCGUGGAACUCUGAUUGGCAAGGACAAUCUGCAGCCCCUCUUCCGUCCGCAUCUCGUCUGAGCUCUACAGCGAGGCACUGCCCCUCCACUUUUCGCCUCCAUGCCACGCUCACGGGCAUGCGGCGUGAUGAUGGUCUGGUGUUCGAUGGAUCGCUCCACGCCGAGUAUAGGCAAAAGUAGCCAGCCCUCAUCUGCCGGACCAUUGCUGGCUGCGGUGAGGCCACUUGCUGUGCUUCUGAACCUGGCCAAAAGCCGCGCACGGCGCGCUAUUGAGUCGAUUGGUGGAGCCUUCGCUCGUCGGAAUAGCAUCAGAGGGGAAACGGUCAGUAGCGAAGUGGUCGCCGCAACCAAAAAUCUUCCAGUCAGCGUAACUUUGAACCUUUCACUGGCAGAAGAGUUGGUAGUGGUCCGCGCGUUUCCACCUGCUUCGCAAAGACGGCCCAGAGGCGCUUCGACCCAGCCUCUGCUCCAUGCUUGUCCGCGCGCCUCUCACCUUUGGCCCAGGGCCACGAACGCUGCAGGCCUUUAACAUGG